GCGGAAGCGGCGGCGCAGCAGGCUGCAGCCUCUGUUUCUGCCCGUCCUCCCAAAAGCAGAAGGACGAUGACAGAAGUAGGCGGACGUGCCCCGACGCCCUUUAACCACGACCGGCGCCUGGGCGAGCUGGGCGGCGGCACCCAAGCCUCGCAGCGGCUCUUGGCUUACAGCGAUGCGCUCUUCUCCAUCAUCGCCACCGUCAUGAUUUUACCUGUGGCACAUACAAAGAUACAUUCAGAUGAGAAACUUGGGGAAAGUGUCCAACAGCUGCUAGCCACCAAAAUUGCUGUUUAUCUGAUGACCUUUUUAAUAGUAACAGUUGCUUGGGCAGCUCAUGUGAGACUUUUUCAGGUGGUUGAACUCAUUGAUGAUGUACUUGCCCUUGCAAAUUUGGCAUGCAUGAUGAGUAUUACUUUUUUGCCAUAUACAUUCUCCUUAAUGGCAUCUUUUCCUGAAGAACCAUUUGGACUUUUCAUGUUUAGUAGCUGUGCUGUUGUAAUUGGUGUCAUCCAGGCAAUGAUUGUAUUAUAUGGCUUCAAACAUUCGUAUCUACUGAAUCAUCAAAUACAGGAAUCUGAAAACACAGCAUUUUACAAAUACCAUAUCUUGAAGAUUAUCCUGAGAGGACCAACGCUGAGCUUUUUGGCCGCCAUUUCCUCAUUUUUCUUCUUUCCAUUGUCAUACAUGUUUCUUGGGCUCAUUGUUUUUUUCCCACUUCUCAGCCAUCUAACCAAAUGGUUUAGAAGCAGAAUUCUUGCAGGUCAAGAGGAGGAGCGCCCCAUAGAAUAUUUUACUUCUUAUCUUAAGGAACCCCUGAGUAAAGAACGAGUGGAAACAUUCAGUGAUGGAGUUUAUGCAAUUGUUGCAACUCUGUUGAUUCUGGACAUAUGUGAAGAUAACGUUCCUGAUGAUAACAUGGUGAAAGAGAAAUACAGAGGUCAUCUUGCUGAAGCACUGAGAGAAUUUGGUCCAAGUUUCCUUGCCUACUUCGGAUCAUUUGUAACCAUCGGUCUUCUCUGGUUUGUCCAUCAUUCUCUCUUCCUCCAUGUGACAAAAGCCACAAAACUGAUGACUCUCCUUAAUACCCUUUCUUUGGCUUUUAUUGGCGGACUGCCUCUCGCUUACCAGCUGACCAGCGAGUUUGCCGAGAAGUCUUACAACGAAAUAGAAGCCAUUCAGAUUAGCUGCGUUACCAUUUUUUUUGCAAGCAUCUUCCAGUUCAGCAUAUGGAUUGCUGCGCUCUUCCAUGAAGUCGAGACAUUGCAUCCUUUUGCUCGGUACGGUGGCAAAGAGCAUGCCUUCAUGUUUGCAAAGCUUUCUCUCUAUCCCUGCGUGAGCCUGGCAGUCUUCUGCCUGACCUGUGUGGUGAGUGAGCUGAGUACGACUAUUUUUCAUCUCACACAAAUCAUCGUCCCAUUUGCUUUUCUGGUAUUACGCAUCUUCGUCAGAAUUGGUUUGAUGAUACUAAAGUAUAUAAUGUCACUGGCCAGGUCAAAGAACAAUGUUUUAGAAGAAGAAGAAGCCUGUUUAUCCCCAACCGAUAUACUCUCAUAGUUUCCCCUGCACUUUAAGUGGAAAAUCAAGUUACAUGUGCGAAUUAGAGACUUCGGGACUCAACUAAAACUGAAUUGUUCCUUUCUUUAGGGAUGUUCAGCUUUUCCUUUUAUUCAUGGACUGGCGUCUGGAGCAGUGAGCACAUCACCUCAAUAGCCUCAUUGAUCAUAGAUGAUUAGUGAGGAAUCAUAAGAUACUUGGGAGAAAAUAAUGGCAUAAUUAGCAGUUUCUUGGGAAGUGCCAUAGCCAGUAAAGGUGAUAAUAUGAAUGUCCUUAUCCUUUCUGUGGCCAUUAAGUGACCUGGAGGAUGUAUUAACCUGCUAAAUAAUUCCAUGUGUAUCUUGAAUUGUAACCGUAACAGCUGCUGUCAAAUGUGUGUAACCUAGCAAAUCAGUGCAAAGUAACAUGAUUAGCUGAACAAACGAAUUGUGAGUCAACAAAUUACUAUCAACAGU